AUGGCAGCCAACGGCAGCAAUGGUGCCUCGGCGACGGGUGGCCUGUCUGCUAACGACAACAUCCGCCGGUUCGCCGCGCCAAGCCGGCCGAUGAGCCCGCUCCCCGCGCAUGCUCUCUUCAACGACAAGACAAGAUGCUUUGUCUACGGUCUCCAGCCCCGUGCCGUGCAGGGCAUGCUCGACUUCGACUUCAUCUGCAAGCGUAAGACGCCGUCAGUUGCGGGCAUCAUCUACACAUUUGGCGGUCAGUUCGUGAGCAAGAUGUACUGGGGCACCAGCGAGACGCUGCUCCCCGUGUACCAGCAGGUGGAGAAGGCCAUGGCCAAGCACCCUGACGUCGACGUCGUGGUCAACUUCGCUUCGUCUCGCAGCGUCUACAGCUCGACGAUGGAGCUCAUGGAGUACCCCCAGAUCAAGACAAUUGCCAUUAUUGCCGAGGGUGUUCCAGAACGCCGGGCCCGUGAGAUCGCACAUGUUGCUCAGAAGAAGGGUGUCACGAUUAUUGGCCCCGCCACCGUUGGCGGCAUCAAACCCGGCUCCUUCAAGAUUGGCAACACCGGCGGCAUGAUGGACAACAUUGUGGCCUCCAAGCUGUACCGCAAGGGCUCGGUUGGCUACGUCUCCAAGUCCGGCGGCAUGUCCAACGAGCUGAACAACAUCAUCUCGCAGACGACAGACGGCGUGUAUGAAGGUGUCGCCAUUGGUGGUGACCGGUACCCCGGCACCACCUUCAUCGACCAUCUCCUGCGCUACCAGGCGGAUCCUGACUGCAAGAUUCUCCUGCUUCUCGGCGAGGUUGGUGGUGUUGAGGAGUACAAGGUGAUUGAAGCCGUGAAGCAGGGCAUCAUCACCAAGCCCAUUGUCGCGUGGGCCAUUGGUACGUGCGCGAGCAUGUUCAAGACGGAGGUGCAGUUCGGCCAUGCUGGCUCUUUUGCCAACUCGCAGCUUGAGACGGCCGCCAUGAAGAACAAGAGCAUGAAGGAAGCUGGCUUCUACGUCCCGGACACAUUUGAGGACCUGCCGGAUCUCCUCAAGUCUCUGUACGACAAGCUGGUGAAGGAGGGCACCAUCAAGCCGCAACCUGAACCCGUCGUCCCGAAGAUUCCCAUUGACUACUCGUGGGCUCAAGAGCUCGGUCUCAUCCGCAAGCCCGCUGCGUUCAUCUCGACCAUUUCGGAUGACCGUGGCCAGGAACUUCUCUAUGCUGGCAUGCCCAUCUCAGAUGUGUUCAAGGAGGACAUUGGCAUCGGCGGUGUCAUGUCUCUGCUGUGGUUCCGCCGCCGCCUGCCCGACUAUGCAUCCAAAUUCCUCGAGAUGGUUCUCAUGCUCACUGCCGAUCACGGCCCGGCUGUGUCUGGCGCCAUGAACACCAUCAUCACCACGCGUGCCGGGAAGGACCUCAUCUCUGCGCUGGUGAGCGGUCUGCUGACUAUUGGUUCGCGGUUCGGCGGUGCCCUGGACGGCGCUGCCGAGGAGUUCACCAAGGCUUUCGACAAGGGCCUCAGCCCGCGCGAGUUCGUCGACUCGAUGCGCAAGCAGAACAAGCUGAUCCCGGGUAUCGGCCACCGCGUCAAGUCGCGGAACAACCCUGACCUGCGUGUGGAGCUGGUCAAGGAGUAUGUCAAGGCCAAGUUCCCCAGCUGCAAGAUGCUCGACUAUGCGCUGGCCGUCGAGACGGUGACCACGUCCAAGAAGGACAACCUAAUUCUGAACGUGGAUGGCUGCAUUGCCGUGUGCUUCGUCGACCUGCUGCGGAACUGCGGCGCCUUCAGCACGGAGGAGGCGGAGGAUUACCUCAGCAUGGGCGUGCUCAACGGCCUCUUCGUGCUCGGCCGCAGCAUCGGUCUGAUUGCGCACUACCUCGAUCAGAAGCGGCUGCGCACCGGCCUGUACCGUCACCCGUGGGAUGACAUUACGUACAUCUUGCCGAGCAUGCAGCAGGGCGGGGCGCCGGGCAAUGAAGGCCGUGUGGAGGUGCAAAUGUAA